AUGAACCCCCAGGUGACGGGCCUGGGACUGGACAAGAUGAAGCUCGACAGUCCCCAGUCCUUCCCGGACCAGGAGGACACCGAGGAGGCAGAGGACAGGCAGCUCCUGGAGCCCGAAGCAUGGAGGACCUACGUGGGGCGCCGGGCAGCGCUGCGGGAGUUCCUGAGCUCUGACCUGAGCCCCCACCUGCUCAAGCGACACCAUGCCCGCAUGGAGCUGCUCCAGAAGUGCUCCUAUUACAUCGAGGUCCUCCCCAAGCACCUUGCACUGGGCGACCAGAACCCGCUGGCGCUGCCCAACACCAUGUUCCAGCUCAUCGACCCCUGGAAGUUCCAGCGCAUGAAAAAAGUGGGCACAGCACAAACCCAGAUCCAGCUGUUGCUGCUCGGGGACCUCCUGGAGCAGCUGGACCACGGCCGUGCCCAGCUGGAUGCCCUGUUGGAGUCCCCAGACCCGCGGCCCUUCCUGGCAGGCUGGGGGAUGGUGGAGCAGCGGCUGGCAGACCUGUCGGGCGUCAUGGACAGCUUCCUGGCCAUGAUGGUGCCAGGGCGUCUGCACAUCAAGCACCGCCUGGUGUCAGACGUCGGCGCCACCAAGGUGCCACACAUCCGGCUCAUGCUGAGCACCAAGAUGCCCGUCAUGUUCGACCGCAAGGAGUCGGUGGCGCACAGGGACUGGGUAAGCCUGCGCUGGUUUGCCACCGUCCAACCAGCUGCGCCUGAGCAGUUUGAGCUACGCUUCAAGCUCCUGAACCCCCGGAGCCAACAGGAGGGCACCCAGAGGAGCGUCAUCCCUGUGGCCGCCUGCACGUUCGACAUCCACAACUUGCUGCCCAACCGCUGCUACCGGUUCACUGUUAAGAGGGCCGAGAGCUACACGCUGGUGUAUGAGUCCUGGCGGGACAGUCUCACCCUGCAGACCAAGCCAGGGCCCCCUGAGGGCUUGGCCCCCCACAACACCGGCUGGACGAGCCCAGCCCAGCCCUGA